UUUUAAAAGUGUAAUUCAGAAUGUUAUCAGAAUGUUCACUUUCGAAGCAUGAUGUAUAAUUACAAGGUACACAUAUUUAGUUAACAAAAAAUAACUAGCUAGAGAUACAUCUAAACCUCUUAACACACAGGUAUUUACAGUUCCAUAGUAUUCCCAAGUCUUCAUCAACAUAGAGAAGAAUAUGCUUCUUUUCAAUGACACCCUGGGAAUGAAUGUUAGCGAAACGACUUCAUUGUCAGCGCGUGAUCAGUUUGGCCUUCCYCUUUCUCAUGGAGCGACAAUUGUAGCUAUUAAUUUUCUUCUUUCCAUUACUGGGACAUUUGGGAACUUCCUGAUAAUUUUGGCUGUGUUCAAAACACCUCAGCUUCGUCAAAGACCAUCCAACCGUCUUCUCUUGAGCUUGGCAGUAGCAGAUUUAGUAGUGACCAUGGUAGUACAACCGUURUUCGCUACAGCAACAGCUCUGAAAACGUUUAAAUACAAGUGCAAUUCAUCUCUGGAAUCUGUCCAUCGCGUAGCAUCUCCAUUUUCUUGUAGUAGUUCGGCUUUUCAUCUUGCAGCCAUCAGCAUUGACCGAUUGAUUUCAGUGGUUAAACCUCAUCGUCACCGCGAAAUCAUGAAGAAAUGGUCCAAGRUAAUGUUGGCCAUUUGUUGGGGAAUAGCUAUCAUACUUGGCAGUUUACUCGACAUAUUCCCAGUAGCGAACUUUGUAGGUGUWGUCCUCAUCAUCCUAUGUGAAGUUGUAAUGAUUUCCUCCUACGGGAUGAUUCUUUACAAGAUCAAACGCUCCCAUAAAAUGGUAGUGACCGCAUCUUCGUCCACAGCAAGUGAAAGAGCCAUUGAGAAUCGAUUGUCUGGGACGAUUGCAAUCGUCAUCUUGUUGUUUGCAGCUUGCUGGUUUCCUCUUGUUGGGUACAGCUUCUCCCAUCCCGUGGAAGAUUUCGUCUGUGCAUUUGAUAUGAAACUCAACUGGGUCACAACUGUGCUGCUUGCCAACUCCUCGAUGAAUUUCAUUGUGUACAGUUUACGAAUCCGCCUAUUUCGAACAGCAUACAUAAGAAUCAUUCGUAGCAUGCUACAGUCAUUUGUACAGGUUGUGGGAAAAUGUCGCAGCAAACGUCCGUUGCACCAAAAUACUCCAUAUCAUAAAAGUCCUGGGCAACAAAAUAUGGAUACAGUACCAACUGCUGAUGAACCAAGAGUGCCGAAUGAAGUGGAAGACGCGAAUGAAAUGAUUCAAAUUCAAAGCAACUGAUCAGUGAAACAGUCAAGCCAUGUUGUGAAUUGCUUCUUGCUGGUUCCUUCUCGUGUAGUUCAGCUACGUGCAUUCUGAACCUUGUUCUCUAUCCAUUUGAUAAGAAGCCAAAUUGAGGCGCAAUUUCGCUUAAUGUCAACUCGUCGUUAUGAAUUUCAUUGUGUACAGUGUAAUGUUCCGUAAUUUCGAUAAUAUUGUAAGACAUUAAUUCAACACUUAACCUAAUUUUUUUUUUAAGAAAGAAAAAAGAUAAAAAUAUAUUGUUCACGAAUAGCGUCUCUGUUUUGUUGGUCUCUUGUCCAACCAGGUCUUCAUCUAUAAAGUUUUUGUAAAUUAGUUAUUUUUUGGGGGGGAUGGGUAUGGUCUAAAUAAAAAAAAAUGAAAUAAAAUAAAUUUAUGUAAACAACGAAAAGACGACCAACAAAAGAUUACUACAAAUGUUAAACAAUUAUAUUAUUUGCCAAAAUUUAAAGAGAGGUGCUCUAUUACUGUGCAGCAAAAGAAAGCGUUUUUCUUUAAUUUUACAAGCUACCGCUCGACUAGUUAA